CACAGCGCAACUGAGUGAGAGACAGACAGAAGCAGGAAUGGCCAAGUGCGGAUCAUGUGGCCCUGGGUACAAGACCCCCCUGGAUGCCAUGAAAGGCCCCAGGGAGGAGAUUCUCUACUUGCCCUGUAUCUACCGCAACACCGGGAUCAACAAGCCGGACUACCUGGCUACCGUCGAUGUGAAUCCCAAGUCCCCAAAGUACUCCCAGGUCAUUCACCGACUCCCGAUGCCCAACACAAACGACGAGUUGCACCAUUCCGGCUGGAACACCUGCAGCAGUUGCUACGGCGACGCCAGCAAAGUGCGCAACAAACUCAUCCUGCCCUGUCUCAUCUCCUCCCGCAUCUACGUGGUGGACGUUGGCACCGACCCCCGGGCCCCCCGGAUCCACAAGACUGUGGAGCCAUACGAAGUGUUUUGGAAGUGCGGCCUGGCCAACCUGCACACCUCUCACUGCCUGGGCUGUGGGGAGAUCAUGAUCAGCUCCAUAGGGGACCCCUAUGGCAAUGGAAAAGGGGGCUUCGUUCUAUUGGACGGGGAGACGUUUGAAGUGAAGGGGAACUGGGAAGCGGAAGGGGAAGCGGCUCCGUUCGGCUACGACUUCUGGUACCAACCGCGGCACAACGUCAUGAUCAGCACCGAAUGGGGGGCCCCUAAAGCCUUCGCUCUGGGUUUCAAGAUGGAGGAAGUCCAGGCCGGGAUGUAUGGGCACUCUCUGAACGUCUGGGAUUGGACAGAACACAGGCGGAUACAGACCAUAGACCUGGGGGAGGACGGGCUGAUACCGCUGGAGAUCCGCUUCCUGCACGACCCCGACGCCGCCCAAGGGUUGGUGGGCUGCGCCCUGAGCAGCACCGUCUUCCGCUUCUACAAGGAGAAGGACGGCAAAUGGGCCGCAGAGAAGGUGAUCAAGGUGCCCAGUAAGAAGGUGGAAGGGUGGGCGCUGCCCGAAAUGCCAGGGCUUAUAACAGAUAUCCUCAUCUCAUUGGACGAUCGGUUCCUGUACUUCAGUAACUGGCUGCACGGGGACAUCCGGCAGUAUGACAUCACCGACCCCAGGAACCCCAAACUGGUGGGGCAGAUCUUUCUGGGGGGCAGCAUCCUGAGAGGGGGCCCCGUCACUGUACUGGAAGAUAAGGAUCUGGAGUGCCAGCCUGACCCUGUCAUUGUCAAGGGGAAGAAGGUACCUGGGGGGCCACAGAUGAUUCAGCUCAGCCUGGAUGGGAAGAGACUGUAUGUGACCAACUCAUUAUACAGCAAGUGGGACAAACAGUUCUACCCUGACAUGAUCAAGGAAGGGUCAGUCAUGUUGCAGAUUGAUGUGGACACAGAGAAGGGGGGCCUCAAGCUGAACCCCAACUUCCUGGUGGAUUUUGGAAAGGAACCCGGCGGUCCAGUCCUUGCCCACGAGCUCCGGUACCCCGGGGGGGACUGCAGUUCUGACAUCUGGGUGUGAGAAUGCCGGGACUGUACCAAAUGGGCACCAAGGCGCUCCCUCUGCACCAAUCACUCACCCCAAUGUGUUACAGGAUUGUGGGAUACCCCAGUAUUACCCCUGCACCCCAAUAUAUGCCCCGACCUAUUGAUAGGAGAGGGGUCUGGUUUCCUGGAGCUUUUAUUAAAUUGCAGUUUUCCAAGUG